CUACUGCUGUUUCAGACGGAGAGAGAGAGAGAGAGAGCCUGAGAAAGAGAAAGAGAGAGAGAGAGAGAGGUUGAAGAAGAAGAAAAGGAGAAAUAUUUACAUAAACCCAAGAAUCGUUUUUUUUCUUUGGCUUGAUUCUAAUGGAAAAUCUCACUCAUCCUCGUAAUCCAAACAAGUCUUCUUCUUCUUCUUCUUCUUCACUCCCUAAGAAGAAACCUUACAAUGGCCUCACCCCCGGCGGAGGUUUUACCUACACCAACAACUCCUCCGGGAACACCACCACCUCUACUACAUACGACGACGUUUUCGGUGGUCCACCUAGGUUCGGUGCUCCUACUUUAUCUCCUCGUCUUGAAGACUACUGCGAAAUUUUCUCCGGCUCCUCACGCGCCGCCGUUUCUUCCAUUCCCGUACUCGAUCUUCCCCUUGUUGAUGGUAGAGAUGUCUACUUCGAUGUUCGUACUCAAGGUUUUGAUUACCGUGAAGUCUUCGGUGGUUUUAACGAUCUCGAUUUAGCUCCUUCCUAUGAAGACCUUUUUUUCCAACAGAGGUCUACUACGGUGGUUGGUCUUUGUGAUUCCUCCGACGAUGCUUGGACUCCUGAAGAAGUAGAGUCAUGCUCAGGAGGUACAGAGCAUUCUGGCAAAAGUCCUUGUUUCUCUAAUGGUAGAGAUUCUUAUGAUUCCAUUGAUGGAAGCACUGAGUUCAACAUUUCUUAUAACAAAGCUAGUCAUCAGUUAAGCAGCAGCGGCGUGGAUACAAAUAUGUCAAGUGGUGGUGUCAUACGUGUAGCUGCAGUUGAUGAAAUGAUUUGUGCUGGUGGAACAACUAAGGAGACUGGGCCCUCUUCUGUUGUUGGCAGCAGAGGUACAACAAGUAGAUUUGUCUUUGAAGACAAGUAUUACAAUAAUUGUGAACCUUUUGUUACUGUUUCUGAGAUUGGUUUAAAGACUCAUCCUACUGGGAUACCACCUCCUUCGAGGCCACCUCCUGUAUUAAAGAGCGGUUUUAGAAGUUCGGCGUCUAAUUCUAGAACCACCGGAUCAGAAGGAUCUGGGGGUAGUAGUAGUUCUCCUCCGUUUUUUGAUGUUGAGGUUGAUGCAAGUUCCGCUGCUGUGAGAGAAGCUAUGGUUAAAGCUGAGGCAAAGUUGAAAAACUCUAAAGAGCUGUUUGAAAGGAAGAGGGAUGGGGUAAGGACCACCACGAAGAGUAGAAUGACUGAUGUAGGGAAACCGAGCCAUACAGCUGGUUUGAGGGAUAAUAAGCAUGGAAGUAAGUCACUAUCUUCUCAAGGGUCUGGAGACUCUGAUGAAUGGAAAGAAGCUAAUCAGUUUGUUGAAUUGGUGAGAACUGAGCUACCAAGAAAUGCUGAUGAGAACAGUGGUGGGAAAGAUGUUUGUAUUCCCGUUAAUGCAGAGUUUUUCGAUCAGGAGCUGACAUGGGGAGCUAAUGUUGACUGGGAGAAACAGCGGAGGAGAGCAAAAGGAGAUAGGGAGGAUCAUGAAGCGGGGAAAUUGCCAAAACACCCUGGAACGAGAAAGGUACCAUCUAGGCAUAAGAGACACGAGAACAAGCUUGCAGAAAAGGCUCCUGAAGAGCCAAAGAAUGAGAAAUCGGGACAUGUGGAGCUGCAAUUUGAGAUGGGCAACAAUUUGCCUGAUCAUGAUGGGAUAGUGAAACACAGGAAUCUGCUCAGACCAGAAGAGAACAAGGUCUUUACUGAAAAGCCUGCUAAACAAAAGAAGGAGUUGCACCGUGUAGAGAAAACAAAACGCAUACAAAAUCAACAAUUGGAUAGAAAACCACAUCAGAAAGCAGCUGAGAAGAACCAGGCGUUUGAGUGGGAACAAAAUGCUAGGAAGCUCAGGGAGGCUCUUGGUAAUGAAAGCAUGCUAGAGGUCUCCUUGGAAUUGAAUGGAAAUGAUAAAAAAUUGGGAAUUCGUGGUGAAAGUGAGACAAAACUGAAUGAGGCCUUGAAGCGGGUGGAGGAGGAAACUAGGAUCAAAGAGGCCCGUGUAAAGGAAGAAAAUGAGAGAAGAGAAAGAGAAGCUUUUGAGAAGGCAGAACAUGAGAAAAGACUUAAGGCAGCAUUGGAGCAAGAAGAAAAGGAAAAAAAGAUUAAGGUGGCUCGUGAGAAAGAAGAGAACGAACGGAGAGUGGCAGAGGCCCGUGAAAAGGCAGAACAAGAAAGGAAACUGAAAGAACAACAAGAGUUAGAAUUGCGGCUAAAAGAAGCUUCUGAAAGGGAAGAAGAGAACCGUAGAAUGAGAGAGGCCCAUGAGAAGGCUGAGAAUGAAAAGAAAAUGAAAGUUGCAUUUGAACAAGAGAAGGAACGAAGGAUAAAAGAAGCACGUGAAAAGGAAGAAAACGAGCGAAGAAUAAAAGAGGCUCUUGAGAAGGCGGAGCGAAGGCUGAAAGAAACUCUUGAACAAGAAAAGAAGGAAAGGCAGAUUAAAGAGUUUCAAGCGAGAGAAGAAAAUGAGAGGAGGGCUAAAGAGGCUCUUGAGCAGGCAGAGAAGGAAAGGAGGUUAAAACAAGCCCUUGAGCAAAAGGAGAAGGAAAAGAGUGUGAAAGAGGCACGUGAAAAAGAAGAGAAUGAGAAGAGGCUGAAAGAAGCUAUGGAGCUAGAAGAGAAAGAAAAAAGGCUGAUAGAAGCUUUUGAGAGGGCAGAGAUUGAGAGAAGACUGAAAGAGGAUCUUGAACAAGAAGAGAGGAGGAUGAAGCUGCAAGAAGCCGAAGAAAAAGAAGAAAGAGAAAGAACACAUAGAGAAAACCAAGAGCAUCAGGAAAAUGAAAGAAAACAACAUGAAUAUUCAGGAGAAGAAAGUGACGAGAAAGAAAGAGAUGCUUGUGAAAUGGAGAAAACCUGUGAAACCACCACAGAGGUUCAUGGAGAGCAAUCAUCUAAUGAAAGUCUUAGCGACAGUCUAGAAGAGGAUGAGAGUAUAGACAAUGACGAAUCAGUGACCAACCAAAAGGAAGAAGAAGAAGAAGGACCAAGCCAGAGAGAAUCUAUGUCCGAAGAAACCUGUCCUUGGAAGGUUUUUGAGAAGAACCUCAAAGACGCCAGCCAAAAGGAAGGAACCAGUGAGCUAGAUGUUGGAUCCAGGUUGUUUGAGAGGCAUGAAGAGGCACCACAGUUGAGUGAAAAUGGAGGAUAUAAACAACAAAAUGGAGAAUCAGGUGAGAGAUCCUACUCUGAGAAUAUUAGAGGAGGAAAGCAUAAACAGAAGAGUAAAAACUCUGACACCUCUGAAGAGGCAUCAGUUCUCAAACGAGACAACGGGUUGAAAACUGAAGUUGAAGAAAGAUCAGAAGACGUUAUAGGUGAAGAAGAAAAUGCCAGAAAAGCAGUAGGUGCUGGUAGUGAUCAAAGGAAUCCAGAGGACAGUAAAUGCGCUCCCAAAACAUCCUCUGGUUUCAGAAACCAUGAAAAUAAAUUCCCCCAGCAGCAGGAAAGAGGAAGUAUCUAUGAGACCCAAGCAAGUUUAAAUCAAGAUGCAAAACUAGAAAAACCAUUGCCUUUUCGAGUAUCUGUGCAACGUGAGAAAGAAGUAGAGAGGCUGAAGCGAGAAAGAGACUUUGAGAUGGAGCGCCUAAGAAAGAUAGAAGAAGAAAGGGAGAGGGAAAGAGAGAGGGAGAAGGAUCGAAUGGCUUUUGACCAGAGAGCCUUGGCUGAUGCACGUGAAAGAUUGGAGAAAGCAUGCGCUGAGGCUAGAGAGAAGUCUUUGCCUGAUAAGUCAUCAAUAGAGGCAAGACUUAGAGCAGAACGUGCGGCAGUGGAGAGAGCAACCGCUGAAGCUCGUGAACGUGCAGCUGAAAAGGCUGCUUUUGAGGCGAGGGAGCGAAUGGAAAGAUCCGUUUCUGAUAAGCAACUUCAGAGUUCAGGUUUCUUUGGUGAACGAAUGGAGAGAUCAGUUUCUGAUAAGCAAUUUCAAAAUUCAGUCUCUUUUGGUGCUUCAAGAUAUCAAAAUUCUCCUGGUACUGAUGGUGAAUCGCCUCAGAGGUAUACAUCAAGGUUAGAAAGGCAUCGAAGAACAGCUGAUCGUGUGGCUAAAGCUUUAGCAGAGAAGAACAUGCGUGAUCUUGUGGCUCAGAGAGAACAAGCAGAAAGAAUUAGAGUCGCUGAAACCUUGGAUGCGGAAGUAAAGAGAUGGUCAAGUGGAAAAGAAGGAAACAUAAGAGCAUUACUCUCAACAUUACAAUACAUCCUUGGUCCCGAGAGCGGUUGGCAACCUUUACCAUUAACAGAAGUCAUAACUUCAGCAGCCGUGAAGCGAGCUUACAGGAAAGCAACACUUUGUGUUCAUCCAGACAAAUUACAGCAACGUGGUGCAAACAUUCAUCAGAAAUAUAUCUGCGAAAAGGUCUUUGAUCUUCUUAAGGAAGCUUGGAACAGAUUCAACUCAGAAGAAAGGUAGAGCCUUGUGCUAUAUUGACAUUUGACCUUUGGUAGUAGUAUAUGACAAAUGGUUUGAGAUUUGAUUUUUUCUUCCUUUUUUUUUUUUGGUAAAGUCGUGCUUCUAGAGUAGUUUAAGAGUAAAUAUCCCUAAGGUUUAUUUAAUUUUUCCUAUGAUUGCCAAUUUGCCUAGAUGAUCAUUCAUUGUAAUCAUUUCUACAAUUUUCUGUAGAUUUUAAUAUAGUAUUUUUUCUAAGCAACUAUAUAGUUUUUUUUCUUCUGCAAAUUAUUAA